GCCUCAGUCUCCGUGGAGACGCGACAGCUUUGCAGGAGCUGAGAUCCCCGUGAGGCGGAGAUCGGCGGCAGCUCCCGGGAUGUUCAGGUGUGGACCAGUAGCCUCCGGGACCCUUCCAUCGUGACAUUGGUCGGGACAUCAGUCGUAGCCCGCCUCCCCAGAAAAAGAAUAUUGUUUUUUCCACACAAAAAAAAAAAAAAAUGAGCAAGAAAGAUGAAUCUGAUUCUGAUGGGGCUCCAGAGUAUGAAGAUGAUUUUGAGAAGGACCUUGACUGGUUGAUAAAUGAAGACACUGAGAAGUCUAUAGGUUCGCAGAGGCAGGAAGAAGAACCCAGUGAUUUGAAACUUGACCCGAGGCAUUCAGCAAAAAAGGAAGAUGAAAGUGACAAGUCUUCAGGCAGUGAUGAUGAGAUUCAAGAGUCAAGUACAAAUAGUAAGCCCACACUUGACUCUGUAUCGGAAUGUGAAGAAGCUGACACAGAAGAUGAAGAAGCCAAACGAUACAUUGCAGAGAAGAUAGAAGAAGCCAAUAAACAACUGGAAAUGGAAACCAUAGAUGAAAAUCGAGAGAGAAAACUCAAAUUCAAGGAAAAUUUGGUUGAUCUAGAAGUCCCUCCCUUAGAGUUUCCUGACAGUGAUAGAACUGAAAGUUUCACAGAAGAUGAUGUUGUAGACGGCAUUUCCCAGUUACAAGUGGAUGAAGCUCCAGCACAUGGUGGGAAACCUAGUGAUAAAGAUGGUGGCACCGGUGAAGAACCUAAGGAGGCAAAAGUUUUGGUUGAGAAAGAUGGAAAGUUUGAACUUGUCAAUUUACGGGACAUGGAGAACCAAUGUUCUUUGCCUCCUAUAAGUAACAGUAAAGACAACUCCAAACUAUCAUCUCAUUCAGCCAGUAUCUCAGCUAGUGGCGAUAAGAAAAAUUCCAGUAUUAAUAACGUAAACGGUUUCCUCCCUCAACCUCCUUUAGGCCCUAAAGUCCGACCUAACUCUGCUAACCUAUCAAAAUCUGUACACAAAGUAAAGCCUCAGCGGAGAGUACAGUCUGCAAAUGUAUCAACCAGAAACACUACUUUCAGCCUCUCUCCUGAACAAAAGGAACUACAAAAACGGAUUCUAGAAAGGCAGGAAAGACUUAGGAAGGAGAAUGAAGAGCACAAGAAAGAACAGGAAGAAGAAAAAAGAAGAGAAAAUGAGAUAGCUUUCAAAAUGUGGUUACAAAGGAAAAAAUCUCAACUUGUCCAAGAAAAGAGAAUCCAGCAGGCAAAAGAAAUGGAGACGAGCAGCACUCCAGAUGAAGAGAGAAACUCAAAUGAAGCUUUUAAUCUGUGGCUGAAAAGAAAACAUAAAGAAAAAAUUAAGGAGAAGAAAAUGGAGGAAUUACAAAAACAGGAGUAUGAAGCAUUUCUCCUGGAUAGAAAAGACCGGGAAGGGGCUUAUGCACAAUGGCUAAAACAGAAGCGAAUCCAGAAACAUGCUGAACAGCAAGCUGCUAAGGAGAGGUCCAGAAGACUCUUGCUGGAAGCCAGAAGGAGCAAGCAGAUCCAUAGUUUACUAUACAACAUAGCUGACUCAAAAUCUUUUUGCUACAUGGACCAUUAGACUCAUCUUGAGAUAAAGCAGCAAGUUAGAAGAAUUUAAUAAUUAAUUAUAAGAAAAUCUCUAUUUUUUCUAGUAGUUCAGUUUAUAUUUUUGUGGUUUAAUAUAGUUAUAUAUCUGUGUCAAAAAGAAGAAAAACAAACAAAAAAAUGUCAAUACCUUUAAACUUCAGAAGGAGACUAUAUCCACUUUUAUACAGUUUAUUGUGGCAGUUUUUUGCAACAUAACAUCGAUCCAAAAACCUUCUUCUCUGGUAUAUGCUUGAGUUGGUACUAUGCAAUGAAACAAUUGUAAAAACAAGUCAGGACAACUGCAAUGUCUCAUAGGGAUUGAAUCUGUACCUUGCAUGUUCAAAAAUAGGAAUAGAUAACCAUUUAUAUUCCCUACGCUCCUUUGCCUGUGACUAGUGAGUCAGGUGACUAGUGGGAUCCUUUCUGAGUAUUCAUAUUCCAUUACACAGUUUUGACUUGUUUUUCUGGUCCGUCAUAGAAUUACCGAGGUUUCAAGGAAUGCAAUAAGUGGUUAUUUGUCUUUAUUGUUAGUAGUAUAUGACAAGGGACACAUAGCCUAAAACGGGGCCCAUAAGGAGGCAUGGCAUCCUUGUACAGUGCAUGCAAAAAAAAAAAAAAAAUAUUUCCAUAUGUGGCAAAUUUGUUACAGAACUCAGAAGUCUCAUUCUUCUGAAUAAGGUUUGCAAAAUUCCUUGUUCUUGCUGUACAAACAACCCCAUUCAGUUUACUGGGAUUUUCUGUUUCAGUUUUGGUGUGUAAAUGUACCCCUAGAAAGGUUAUGCUCUUAUGUAACUUAACCAGGUAAAUUUCACCCUCUUUCAAUGAUGUAGAACAAUUUACAGCAUAGAUGGGGGCAUAUCCAGCAUCAUAUAUUACAUCAACAAUACCUGUGGUCAUACUUGUUAUGCAUUUAACAAACCUGCCAAGAGAAUUCCGGUUUUCUGUUGCAGUUAUCCAUUGUAGAGUGUUUGUCAUAAUCUGAAUAUGUUUGACACAAAUGACACAGUGGGUGAUUGUGGAGAUGCUGUAUUGUCACCUAGAUUAUGUAGAUGUGCCAGUAGUACUUCUGGUUCUUGGUUGGUUCAUGCUAUAUUGAGGAAUGCCAGAAGACAUGUAUACAUUUCGUUCUGUCAGUAAAUAACCAAUGCUAUUCUCUCCACAGGGCUGGUGCAAGGAUUUUUGCCACCCUAGGCAAAAGUUAAUUUUGCCACCCCUUGACUCAGCCCAUUGCCCACCUUACUACUUGGGUGACACACUGUAACAAACCCCAUCCUCAUGCAAUCUCCUUACUACUAGGGUGACACACUGUAACAAACCCCCGCCUCAUGUAAUCUCCUUAGUACUGGGUAGAGAUGAGUGAAGUUACAGUGAUUCGAUUUGUCACGAACUUCCCUGCUC